UUCCCUAAAGGAGUCUCUCUCUCUCUCCCCCCUUAUUUCUUGUUUGUCACUUUCUUUCUCUCUCUCUCUCUCUCUCUUUCAUUCUCUAUAAGUGUUGGAUGGCUCGUUGGGAAAAGAUAUCAAAUACAAAAAAAAGGAGAAAUAAUUAAAACCUCUCCUCCAUAACUUUGCAUGCUCUGAUUUCCAUUUCCAUUCCCCUGCUAAAGAAAAGCAGUGCUACUCUCUUUCACCACAAAAUACAGAGUCUUUUCAUUGAGGCAUUCCACAAACGCGUACAAGGCACCGUUAGCAAUGAGCGCUGAUCAACCCCAAAGUUCAGAAACUGAGAGCACCUCCAACUCAUCCACUUCCGCAUCGCCUCCUUCCUCGCCUUCCUCACUCCAAAACCAAAACCCACAAAAACCCAGCUCGCCAAUUCACCAAGAAACCGACUUACCCAGCAAAAACAAUGCCAAACGGGUCAGAGACUCCAGCAAGCACCCGGUUUAUCGUGGGGUCCGAAUGAGGAACUGGGGCAAAUGGGUAUCCGAAAUCCGCGAGCCCCGCAAGAAAUCGCGCAUUUGGCUCGGCACCUUCCCGACUCCUGAAAUGGCCGCCCGGGCCCACGACGUCGCCGCCUUGAGCAUCAAGGGCAACUCGGCGAUUCUCAACUUCCCGGAGCUCUCCAACUCGCUGCCUCGCCCGGUUUCUCUCGCCCCCAGAGACGUCCAGGCCGCCGCCACCAAAGCCGCCCAAAUGCAUCAGUUCGACUCCAUCCGGUCAAUGUCGCCGUCCAUACUCUCCUCUUCCUCCUCCUCGUCGCUGUCCUCGCUCGUCUCGGCUAUAGACAACCUGUCGACCGAGUCGGAGGAGCUGAGCGAGAUCGUCGAGUUGCCGAGUCUGAGUUACGAGUCGACCGAGUUGAGAAGCGAGUUCGUGUUUGUGGAGUCGGAGGACCAAUGGGUUUAUCCGCCGCCGUGGCUGCAGCGCGUUGAGGAGUUCGAAUGCGGUGAGUUGGGGGCGGCGAGUUCAGUUGGGUUUGAGGGUUUGUUAUGGGACUAUAAUAAUUAGCAGUUUCUAACUGCUAAUUAGAUGUUAAUUAAUUAAUAGUUUUGUGUAAAUCAUCUUAAUCUCUCUCUCUUUUUUCUUGUUUUGCUUUUCAGUUUUUUUGGCUCUUUUGGCUUUUAAAUGUGAAGGGCUUAAAUUCUGAUAAUCUCUCUUCUACUUUUUACUUUGUCCUCUGUCUUGUGUAAUUGUACAGUUUAGUACUCUCCUCUGUUUUUAGGAUGGAAAGCAAGUGCCAUGAGACAUUUUCUUUCCCUUUGGUUGGCGACUUUGAUGCAAAUGGAAUAAAGCCUCUGUCUUUCUCUUC